CGGGCUUAAUCACCUGGGCAUUCUUUCUUCAGUUACCGAGACCUGGACAUACAAAGAUCUAGGCAGCUCAUCUUCUUCUAACGAAGUCAGAUCUUUUUCCAUACUAUAACGUAUAUAGAAUCGAUUUUCUUUUCUGAUCGCUAGCCUGCCGGGCCGCCCCCGCGAUUAAACUAUCAAUCUCAUAAGAGAAGAAAUCUCUAUGUCCCCUUUUUCUUGGUUUUCUCCCAUGCUUUUCAUUGGUCAACAAUCAAACCAACCACUAAUUCUUCCUUCACUACUAAUACAGGAAGAAGUCUUGUCUUCUUCUGUUCGGAAUCCAAUUUUUUUAUCAAAAGAAAGACUCAAAAAUAAUAUAAAUAAUAAUAUAUAGAAUAUAGAAAGAAUUGCUUAAAUAACUCAGCGAUCUAAAAUCAUAGUCACGAUCUACUAAAAGUCAAGUUGAGCACCCGGACCAGAGGUGGCCGAGAAUCUUAUGUCAAAAGGACUAACGACGAUGAAAGAGGAGAAGGAGGAGUAGGAGGAGUCAGACGGAAUCAAAUGAUUACGAGAUAGACAAUGAGACCAGGGAGAGCAAGAGCACUUAGACAAUUCACUUUGAGAACAUGAAAUUCUGCUGGUAGGAAUUCCUCAGGGCGUAUUACGGUUUUUCACCGAGGGGGUGGCUCGAAGCGAUUGCUGCGAAGAAUUGAUCUGAAACGAAGCACUUCCUCUAUGGGCAUUGUAGAGAGUAUAGAAUAUGACCCUAAUCGUUCUUCUCAGAUUGCUCCAGUACGAUGCAUCAAGGGGGGCUGCCAAAAAAAAAUGAACACGAUCGAGGAGUUAGCUCCGCCGCGCAAGAUCCUCGAACCUACCACGAACACCAUCAGUGGCCUCUUUUCGUUCUCUUUCCUGCCUGGGAAGGUGGAUCAAAGAAAGGUAGCUUGCAUCUCUCCUGGACUGAUGGCCGCUUAUGUAGUGGUCGGCCUUCCUACCGGAAUGCCUCCUUUGUCUUCGUAUAAGAGCGCCUUUGCUAGUAAGGGCACAGGAAGCACAAAAACUUUAGUGAAGGACGUCUUCUUCUCUGCCUUCUCCUUUCCAAAGGCCAAGAGAGAGACUGCAUCCCUUGCCUUUGCUAGCUCUUUUGGUUUCCCAAGGAUAGCGGUAGCUGGGGUUCCUACCGCUUUCUUCGCUCCGCGAAUGAGACAGAAAGUGAGAGGAAAAAGCACGUUUUCUCUUUGCGAGGUCCGAAAGUGGAGAACGAAUAGCAUUCUUUGGGCACAUAGGAUCAAAGGUAAAGCAGGGCUUUCUUGGCAGAGUUUUAGGCGGCAAGAUACUUUAGGGCUUGUUGGAGCUGCUGGGCAUAACAAAUCGAAGCCGAAGAUGGAUCAAGGUAGCUUGCCUGCCAAGCCGAUAGGCGAAAGGGCGAAGCAACUCAAAGCUCUUCGGGGUUUGAAGGCGAAGGAUGGAGCGUGCAAAGUCGAUCUCACACGGGAAGAGAGGUCCAAUGGCAAGGCCAUACGCCCGUUUGGCUCCUCGCGGAGUAUAGCUCACAUCCAAAUAUCAUAUCUGAUUGGGGAACGGGGCAACACCCAUGAAGCUCCGGCAGAAAGGGAAGGACUGCCAGGCCGUAUGCCCAUGGGUGCAGGAUUCUUCGAAAAAACGGGGGCUGACUCGGAGACCUGGGACCUUGGCUUAGCAACGAAUGAAUAUUUCUCCUCAAGCUUUCUUUGCCAGCGGCUUAUGUAGUGAUCGGCCAGCUCGCUAAGCUUCGCUUCGGAGGAACUUAGCUUCUUCGGCGAAGCUGGAGGAACGGAGUUGGCUUCUCCCGUUGGUCAAGCAGGCUUCGCUCCUUGACUUAUUUCAUAAGUUCCAUUUGGGUU